CACCCCCCUCAGGCGGCCACGUUUGUUAAGGGAAGUGGAACCAAAGGGAACUGACAACUUUGGGCUGAGCCAGGCUUUCAAAAGGACCCAGCGUUAUGGAGGCUCCGGCGGCGACUUCGCCCGCGAUCGGGUUUCCAGCAGAUGGCAGAUGCAACUACUUCGUAGAAAAGAAGAAGCGCUUCUGCAGGAUGGUGGCGGCGGCGGGGAAAAGAUUCUGUGGCGAACACGCUGGCUCCGCCGAGGAAGAAAAUACUCGGAAAAGAAUCUUGUGUCCUUUAGAUCCAAAACACACAGUAUAUGAAGACCAACUAGCAAAACAUUUGAAAAAAUGUAAUUCAAGAGAGAAGCCUAAGCCUGAUUUCUUUAUUCAAGAUAUAAAUGCAGGAUUAAAGGAUGAAACAGAGAUUCCUGAGCAAUUAGUUCCAUUUUCUUCUCUAUCUGAAGAGCAGUUGGAGAACUUAAUUAAGAAAUUGAGAAAAGCAAGUGAAGGCUUGAAUUCUACACAUGAAGAUCACAUCAUGUCCCAUCCAGCAUUGCAUGAUGCCCUUAAUGACCCAAGGAAUGGCGAUUGUGCAGUCAAACACCUGAAACAGCAGGCUUCUAUUUUAGGAAACAUUGAAAAGUUAAAGUUACUUGGUCCGAGAAGAUGCUUUGUUGAAUUUGGAGCAGGAAAGGGGAAAUUAUCUCACUGGGUUGAUAUUGCCUUAAAAGAUGCUGAAAAUGUUCACUUCAUCCUGGUAGAAAAAGUGAGCACACGAUUCAAGGUAGAUGGUAAACACAGAAAAAAGGACUCAGUGUUUGAGAGACUUCAAAUUGAUAUCCAGCACUUGUGUUUGAACAGGGUUCCUGUGCUAAGAGAAGGAAGACUGCCCGUGGUGGGAAUUGGGAAGCAUCUGUGUGGGGUGGCAACAGAUCUUGCAUUACGAUGUUUGGUUGAAACCUACGCUGCCAGUUUUGAGGAAAAGGAUGAAGAACCUUUAGCCAAACGCAUAAAGAAUGAUAAAACAGAAAAAGAAAGUAACACUUUGACCAAGGAAGGAAGUGAAAAAGAUGCCCCAGAGACAUGGACCCCGGUGGCUGGCAUUGUGAUUGCGCUCUGUUGUCACCACAGGUGUGACUGGAGACAUUAUGUGGGCAAAGAGUAUUUCAAGGCUCUUGGACUUGGGGCGGUGGAGUUCUACUAUUUCCAGAGAAUGAGUAGUUGGGCAACGUGUGGGAUGAGGACAUCUUUGGAAGGCUCGGAUGUUACUCCAGAGAGAAAAGAUGCUCAAAGGGAUGAGAAUGAAGAGCAUGAUGAUGGAGGAGACAGACUCACAGAUGGCAACACUGACAGUUUGCCUGGGAUUCUUACUGUUGAAGAAAAGAAGAAAAUAGGACAUCUUUGCAAACUGCUGAUUGACCAAGGUAGACUCCAGUAUUUACAGCAGAAAGGCUUCAGUCCUGCCUUGCAGUACUAUACGGACCCAUUGGUGUCUCUGGAAAACGUAUUAUUAACUGCCAUACCAGCUCAUCCGUCAUUGCAGGAAAAAAAUCAUCAAUGAAAGGAAACAUGAACGUGACAUUUGUC